GGACCAUUAGGUACCACAGAUAUAGAUCUCUGUUUCUGUAUGCAGGGGACAGAGGGAUCUGUAUUGGUACCUAUAGAUCCAUAUUGUAGUAAGUGUCCUUUUGCUAUCCACUGGACUGAAUCAAUAGUGCAGACUCCACACCCAGCACCUGAUCACCAGUUACACAAUCCUACUGGACAUCAUAAACAGCUUUUCCUUGUAUUGAAAUACAUUUCACAUCUGUAUAGCAGGAUCCACUGGCAUAUCUACAAUGAGCCCCCACCAUAUGGUCUCAUCUCAUCCUACUCAUGCAAACUGCUCAUCAUGAAUCAUCAGAAAUGUUGCACACGAUCUGACUUUAGUAUAAGAAGAUGUUUUGAAGAUGUAGUAGAAUACAUUUUCAAUCAAUUUAGGAGAGAUGAAGAUGACUCAAAUCAAUACAGACUAGGUGUAGGUGGUGAGUUCAUUUAUCUACCAGAUACAUAUUACCCUGAUAGGGAGGUGGAGGUUGUGGAUGGUUAUGGCAACAGUGUGGAACUGACUGUACUACUAUGGGUAUUGAAACAUGUCAAACACAGCAGUGAUACACAAUGGUGGCAGAAACUACUGGAUGAUGACUUCCCAAACAAUGUUUCCAGUGGUGAUGUCUUAUUACAAUCCUUGUUAGA